UCACACAGUUGGGCGUUGUGCGCGUUGGUGUUCGGGGCGCGCAAGCUGGAACGGCGCAUUGCUCGAAGAUGCUUUGACGCUUGUCACCCGCGAAACUGUGUGAACUGUCACGUAUGGCUCAGUGGUAGCAGACGACAUUCGAGGGAGGCGACUAUUGGUGGUGUAGCAGACGACGCAAAAAAACGUGCUAGCAGACAACAACUGCCACGCCGGGAAUCCAGACGGAUACUUUAACGCCUGAGCCGCUUGUAGGCGGGAGUACCUAACAGAACAAAACGACACGACCACACUCGGACUAACGACUGGACACCUGUUCCUCCUGACAAGGACGUAGCUGCCGCGACAUGGACUCCGGCUCCAACUACACGUGCAGCGACGGACUGCUGCUGCCCUUCCUGGACGAGUCCAGCUGGUCGCGGGGCGGUCGCUCGUUCGUCUACCUGCUCGGGCUGAUCUACUGCUUCCUGGGCGUCGCCAUCAUCGCGGACGUGUUCAUGUGCGCCAUCGAGCGCAUCACAUCAAAGACGCGACGCCUGACCCUGUCGGCCCAGGUGCCCGGCGGCCAGCCGGACAUCAUAGAGGUCAAGGUGUGGAACGAGACCGUGGCCAACCUGACCCUCAUGGCGCUCGGGUCGAGCGCGCCCGAGAUACUGCUGGCCAUCAUCGAAAUAGUGGGCAGCGGGUUCGUGGCGGGCGACCUGGGCCCCGGAACUAUCGUCGGCUCGGCGGCAUUCAACCUGCUGGUCAUCACCGCCGUCUGCGUGAUAUCGAUUCCCGCCAACGAAGUUCGAACCAUACGUAUGAUUAAGGUGUUCGGCAUCACUGCCUUCUUCAGCGUGUUCGCAUACCUGUGGCUCCUGAUUGUGCUGAUGGGUUCGAGUCCCGAAAUCAUCGAGCUUUGGGAGGCCAUCUUGACGCUUCUUUUCUUCCCGCUGCUGGUUUUCCUGGCGUACGCGGCGGACACGGGCAUCUUCUGGCCAGGGGCUCGCAAGCGAAGCGCCCAGAAGCAGCUCGAGCUGCAGACCACGGCCGACAUCGCCAAGCACGCGAACAACGCUGUCGCACCUGCGACACCUGUUGGAGGAGCAGCGCGCCGGGAGUUCUUCCCCAACGGCGAGCUCAACAGGGAGAACCUUCUGGACUUCAUUCGGGAGAUUCGCAAGCACCCGGGGCUGACGGACGAGGACGCUGCGUGUCUGGCUGCAGCGAAGCUGGCCGAGCAGCAGCACCACACCCGCAUGUGGUACCGGGUCGGCGCCAUCCGGGACCUGACCGGAGGCCGCCGCACCACGCCCAGCAUCAACAACAAGCUGCAGCACAAACUGGACCAGGAGGUGCGUGAAAUGUUCGCACUAGCCGCGCAAGAUGAGGCAGACGCAAAGGCUGCCGACGAAGUGGAGCAGGGCAAACUGCUGAAGCCCGUGCCCGAGCCUGAGAACAAAAACGUGGCCACCAUCGAGUUCAACGCGAGCUCGUGCGCAGUGCUCGAAAAGGCCGGCAAGGUGGACGUGCUCAUACGACGAAAAGGAAAGCUCGACUCUCCGGCCACGUGCAGGGUGGAGACCAUCGACGGCACGGCAUUGGCGGGCGAGGAUUACAUGGAGCUGCGACAGAUGGUGAUGUUCCAGCCGGGCGAGACUCAGCGCCGCGUCACGGUGCAGAUCGUAGACGACAACCAGUGGGAGCCCGACGAGACGUUCUUCCUGCGCUUGUCGUUGCCCGCCAGUGCCGGCGACGGAGCCGAGGUCGCCUUGGGUCGGAAGUCCGUCAUGGAGAUCACCAUCAUCGACGACGACCAGCCCGGAAUCUUCGAGUUUCGGCGCCGGGGCUUGCUGGUGCGCGAGAGCGUGGGCACCGCCCAGGUGGCCGUGGUGCGCACCAAGGGCGCCGACGGUACGGCGUACGUCCACUGGCGGACCCGCAGCCAGACGGCCAAGGAGGGCGAGGACUUCCACGGCGGCGAGGGCAAGUUGGUGUUCGAGCACGGCGAGACCCUCAAGAACAUCGACAUUCCCAUCGUGGACGACUUCGAGGCCGAGAAGGACGAGCACUUCGAGGUCGAGCUGUUUGAUGCCUCGCCCGGUUCGGGACUGGGACACCUCACCAAGACCACCAUCACCAUCACUAGCGACGAAGAGUUCAACACCAUCGUCAAUCGGCUGAUGCUGAUGACCAACACCAACGUGGACAAACUGAGACUGCACUCGGCCAACUGGAAGGGUCAGAUCAAGGACGCCAUGAACGUCAACGGCGGCGACAUCGAGAACGCGGAAACUGUCGAUUACGUCAUGCACUUCAUCACAUUCGGAUGGAAGGUCAUCUUCUCCCUGGUUCCUCCCACGGGAUUCAUGGGCGGCUGGCUGACCUUCUUUGUGUCGUUGGCUGCCAUCGGUCUUUUGACGGCCAUCAUCGGCGACCUGGCCGGCAUCUUCGGCUGCCUCGUGGGUCUGGAAGACACGGUGACGGCCAUCACCUUCGUCGCCCUGGGCACUUCGCUGCCCGAUUUAUUCGCCUCCAAGGGCGCCGCCCGAACGGAGAAGUACGCCGACAACGCCGUCGGAAACGUGACUGGAAGUAACUCCGUCAAUGUGUUCCUCGGUCUGGGACUGCCGUGGGUCCUCGCGGCUGCCUACUGGCAGAUAAAGGGAGGCAUCUUCAAGGUUCCCUCCGGAUCCCUAGGCUUCAGCGUGGGCAUCUACUGCGCCGUCUCGUUGACCUGUAUAGCGCUGCUCAUGCUGCGACGGAAGCUGGCCUUCUUUGGCAAGGCCGAGCUUGGCGGUCCCAGGCCUGCGGCCAUCGCCAGCGCCGUCUUCAUGGUCUUUCUCUGGGUCUUGUACAUCGUGCUAUCGUCUUUGAAAACGUACAAGCACAUCUGAAGGCGCACGGCCACAUGUGCCGUCCCCGGUAGUGCCUAACUACGCACGAGAUUUGAGCGAGGAUUUUUAGGGAUGGGAGUAUCGCAGUACCGGGGCUAUUUAUGCAACGCUUUUCGCUGAGAGCUCUGCUUUGUGCGACGAACUGCGGUUUCUUGUCGGAGCGUAGGUGAUCUAUCACAGGAUGUCAUGUCCUGGUGUCGGCAUGAUUUAGCCUUGGAUGUGCAAACCUGCGUUGCAUGACGGCGAGGAGGAAAGUGGAAGACUGGUGUGGCUCGGAUGGGCGGGGAGCAAGUCCUGGCGUGACUUUGUAGGUGGGGGGCUAGUGCCCUUUUCGAACCCCACUAGCGACGCUCUUGCGUGACGUCAUACAUUUGCGCCUUCUACGAUCGAUGAAAGCUAGCAAUGUCUAGUGUCUAGUGUCAACCCACCCUUCAGGAGCCUGGCUAUCGCACAGACUUGCUCACGUUUUGUACGAUGACAACUGGGAAAUGUUUGCAGAAAAAUUCAAUAGCGGUGUAUAGUCCUUCACAUGGAGAUCGAGUUUCGCACAGCAGUUUUUUUAAAUGAGGCGCUGAAAAGUGUUUUUAUUGGGUGACGAGCUGUCGGGAGUUCGUCUUUCGCUGCCGUCUAGUUUGUGCAUAAUCAGCACGGACAGCUUUUGGACUCGCAUGGUGAUUCGGCUUGAGAGCUGUUGUGGAGAGUUCGUCUGCUCCGUCCGCUUUAAAUGUCGUCUGGUAUUCUCGCUUUUGCUGCGCGAACGCCUUCGACUUUCCCCUUUUGCCUCAUGAUUAUACAUACACACGCUCUCAUUACUUUUACUGAAGUUUGCUCUGCUACUAUAUAAAAACGUGGAAACAUCUAACUAGCACAAAAACUGCUACAUAUUAAAUUUUCUGAUAAGCUUUCACACCGGGGGCAGUGACGGGGCACUACCUGUCAAGGGGCACUAAUGCCAAAUUGAGUAACGGCUAUUUCUUAAAAAAGAUGAAAUACCUGCUCCGCAUUUAUCAGGUGAGCAAUCUAAUGGAUAGUGAAAUAUAUCAGCGUACUCUAUACACAGCGCCGACUGUUGGAACAAAAGAUGCAACAGGUUCUACUUGUCCUUGUUAGCCGUGCGAAUUGCGCAACUGUCCCUGACACCAGCCAAACGAUGCUAUGAAGGCAGGACCCACUGAAGAAAAGAGGCCUGUAGAAAUUAUGAAGAAUGAAUAAAAAAAUCAGCGUCAAAGUUAGUGGUAGCUUCUUUUUGUUAUAAGCUGCAACCUGGACUCUAGAACGUUGCGACUUCAAGUAUGUGCAGGCAAUACAGUGAUACAUUGCUAAACGUUGUCGGUAUUUGAAGAUGAUGACGGCCUCGGUGAGUUCUGAUCGCAGUCUAUGUGAACAUCUGAUAGACCAGCGUUAACAGGCAGUAAUCUCAAACCUGCUCCAGAUAUCAAAAGAUAUCAAAUUUUAACGAGAAGGAAAGUUUGCGCAGUAGUGCUAAGCACUUGAGAACUUAUCAUUUAUUCGGAACAACGGGUAAAAGACUUAUUAAAUUGUCAGCGUGCACCUUAAAAGUAAACCUGGGUUCGACUGCCUUAACUGAACAUACAUCAUCUAUGAGCAGCACUUUAUGAUUCUUGUUGAUGUGCUGGGUGUAUAAGCUCCUCUCUGUUCCUUGAGCUGAACAAUGUCGUGAUGGCAUUCCACAAAGCCCAUCAUGAGGUAUGGCUGUGGGCAAUGUUUUGUUGGCGAGUUUGGUGGAGGAGGUCACAUGUGCGCGUGUGUGUCGUGUUGAGUUUCGGUUGUUCGUUUGCUGAGUGAAUAUACAUAUUUUCGUGGUGUCGGUUUGUGUCGAUUGUCAAUCAAAAAUAUAGAAAAUUGCUUUGAGCAAUUGACUGACGACGAAGCGCUUAUACGAGUGAUGUGCGGAGACAUGGCAUGUUUUCCCCGAAGUUUCUUUUGAAAGAACCUAUAUAUUACUAGUGAAAAGCUUUCGAGGUUAGAUUUGUUUUUCGUCCUAAUUUCUCACAAACUUUCCAGGAAGGCUUUUGUGGAAGUUCCUGAUGUAAGCACUAUCAGAAUCCAGCUUUGUAUCUUUCCUGGACUACCUUUUGUCAUUCUGAUAUGUGGAAGGGGGCGGAACUUUUCAAGCCCAUACGGGACAAGUCUCACUAGAACAAAUGCCCUCCAGAUGGAAGACAGUGUGAAGACUCUACGAGACAGCGUUUCGCGACUUUUGCCCCAGGGUUUGAGCGCAUGUGUCGUGGCACCACGAGGAAGGCGGAUUGUAGUGGCAAGCGGGUGCUGGUGUGGUGGUGGUAGUGGUUAGAAGAGGAGAAAGGCACCUAAUUUCUGUAGCUCGGUCGGGAGCACGGCGCAGUGCUGGUGUGUGAUGGCAUGCGUACUAUCACAGCCUCCUAGAUUUCCCUUGCUUGCUGGAUUAUCGGCGGUCACUUGAGAAGCAGCCAUCGUCAGAACGGCGGUGGUGGCGCCACUUAAGUAGGGUUGUCUCCGAAAGAGUUUUUAUGUUUCUGGAGCUUAAAUAACGUAAAACAGUUUUAAAAAGACCUAAACGCAAUUAUAAUUGACCCUACGUAAGUGGCGCCGCCAUAGAUGACAGCCGUUUCGCGCUCAUCCGGCAGGCAAGAAAAAUGUAGGAGGCUAUGGUACUACAUAUCUACAAAUCGUAUGUUACAAAAAAUGUGGGCUAUUUGGUGCGUAAUAUCCCUGGAAAAAUGUGUGACUUCUCGUUAUUUUGGGACGGAAUUCGAGAAUUGUAUCUUGAUGUGGUUUGCGAUGUCUGCAACAGACUAUUAGUAAUGGUCAAUGUUUGAGACUUGUUGGCAUUGUACUGACUCUGCUACCGGGGUACUUCUCAAGUGCAUGGUCACUGUGAUUGCGUUCAUUUCUGCUAAAGACUUUGCAAAGAUGAAUCCUCAAUGAAAUGCUGUUCUGACGCCUCUGCUUGCCAGUGUGCGCACAAGAUAACUGAAAGUGUGAUGAAGACACAGAUUAGGUCUGCGAUUUGCCACAUUCUGUAUUCCUUCGAAUAUUUGUGAAAGAGGUGUACUGUCGGGAAUGACAUGAAUGCCAAGCAAACUAGCCUUCGCUAUUGCUAACCAUGAUGUGUAUCAAAGCGUUGCUCGCUGUACGAUGCACUCACAACAUACAAGUGUGAACCUGAGUUCACAAGACGAGCUUGUUAUGUAACUAUUCAGUGUACGUUAAAGUAGACGCCACAAUAAAAACGUCGGAGUUGCCGGCAACUCCGUUAGCAUUAGUAGCUGCCCAUGCUGCAUUGAGCCAUUUGAACAAAUUGGCGUGGCUAAUUCGCUUUGCGCAGCUUUCUUAUAAUACUUUUUGUGGCAGUUAUUGUCAGUAAUCGCAUGCAAGCGAAAACACGAAGCACCCACUAGAAGACGUUGAUUUAUUUAUAUUCUCGUAGCAUGUUUUUUAUUCUUGCGUUGCGACCACAAAGUUAUACCUAACUCGCUGCGAUUCCCACAAAAAGCUGUGCGCACCCUCUGGCUAAUUUUAAAGGGAACACAUACUGUUAUUAUGUUGGGCACAUUUCUCUUUAACUAUCAUUGUAUUGUGGACAUUUCUUUUGAACUGUAGUACCUAGUGUUCAGUUAAUGAGUUGGAUAACUAAUGCCUGAAUGAGUUAAUGAGUUCGAGAACAAACGCCUGAACCGAUUAUUUUCAGCCGCAAUCUCUGACAAUAAUCUUUAUAUUUAAGCGCUGUCAAUAUAUCUACAAAGGCAUUGAUGUCUUGUUUUUUUUAUAAUUUUUAUUUCGCUACUCUUCUUCAAUGGUGCAGGGUACGUACUUGUACACUUCAUUGUAAAUGCGACUUCAUCUUGUAUAUAUGUGUUCUACCAUUUUUGCGUUACUUUUCAUACACAUGCUCAUAAACAUUUGUUCCUUCACUUGUA